CAGAAGACCUAAUCGUACCCUGGAAUCAUGUCAGGAUUAACUCCGGCUGGUGUGGAAGGGUUCUGGGGUCCUGUUACGUCGACCCUGGAUUGGUGCGAAGAAAAUUACCUGCUAUCACACUACGUAGCGGAAUGGUGGAACACGACCAGCAAUUUGGUCUUCCAUGUAACCGCCCUCAUUGGUAUAUAUAAUGCUGUCCGCGUUAAGGCAGAGGCACGCAUAAUAUACUCUUUCCUGGCGUUGGCUGUUGUGGGGACCGGCAGUGCCGCCUUUCAUGGGAGUUUGACCUAUGAGAUGCAAUUGAUGGAUGAGCUGCCCAUGAUCUAUGGAAGUUGCAUUUUUGUCUUUUCCACUCUUCAAACGUUUCCUCCGGGGAAGUUUCCCACACUCACAUCGAUCGUUCUCGCGGUGUAUGCGCUGUUUGUCACUGUCGUCUACAUAAUGUUGCGGGAUCCCGUUUUCCAUCAAGUUUCCUAUGCCGUCCUGGUUGCUAUAACGUCUCUUGUGCCUAUUGCGCAUAUUAACAAACUUGGUCGAAUCUAUCCGGGGACAAAGAGAGUGUUAUGGUUCCUCUAUGUGACAAGCUUGGGAAGCUAUCUCUUUGGAUUUUUGUUAUGGAAUAUUGACAAUUUUUAUUGUGAUGCUUUUCGUUCAUGGAAAAAUACCACCGGCUAUCCUCUGAGGGUUCUGGGAGAAUUGCACGCUUGGUGGCAUCUGCUCACCGGAUACGGUAGUUACGGUUCAGUCAUUUUGAGCCAAUACAUGCGCCUUUUAGCACUGGGGAAGGCGAAUACUGUAGAAUUUAAGUACUAUGGAAUCCUUCCUGUUAUCGUUCCUAGAGAUCAUAAGCGGGGAAAAGGAGAAUAGCUUUAUGUAGCUGCGUUAAUAUUCCAAUAGAUGAGUACAAUAGAAUCGCUAUCAACCAUUGAA